AAUGAACUGGUUUCUUUGUUUUGUUGCGCAGUGCCAAAGAAACGGGGCAAGCUCAUCCCCUUCCUUCGUUCCCUGGUGAAGGCCCGCCCCAGGAGAGCGACGGAGCCGGAGCCAAAGAAGGAAGGGGUGUUUGGGUGUGACCUGGGGGAGCACCUUCUCCGCUCUGGCCGUGAUGUCCCCCAGGUCCUCCAGAGCUGCUCUGAAUUCAUCGAGCAGCAUGGCGUAGUGCAGGGGAUAUACCGCCUGUCCGGCGUGGCGUCCAAGAUCCAGCGACUACGCCACGAGUUUGACUCCGAGCAGAUUCCUGACCUAACCAAGGACAAUUAUAUCCGUGACAUUCACAGCGUGAGCUCCCUAUGUAAGAUGUACUUCAGGGAGCUCCCGAACCCUCUCCUGACCACCCAGCUGUAUGACAAGUUCACGGACGCUGCCGGUGCUGCUACAGAGGAGGAGCGGAUGGUGAGAAUGAAGGACGCCAUCCAGCAGCUGCCCGCUCCUCACUACAGGACACUUGAGUACCUGAUGAGGCAUUUGGCGUCUCUUGCUGGGAACUCCUCAGUCACCAACAUGGACGCUCAUAAUUUAGCAAUAGUGUGGGCUCCAAACCUCUUAAGAUCCCAGCAGAGCCAGUCUGCCUGCGCCAGUGGAGAAGCUGCCUGCAUGGAGCUGCAGACACAGACAGCUGUAGUGGAAUUCCUCAUUAGCCACACAGACGGCCUCUUCGGCUCCAAAUCCACGUCAGCCAUGGGAGAGGGAGCAGGGCACAGUUCUCUAUCCAGGCCCAAGUCUGUGUGGGUGUCUCCUCUAUCCACAAAGCUGCUCACACUGCAGGAGGCACAGGCUGAGAGGAGAGGCCAGAGCAGCUCUCCCACUGUGACACGGAGCAGCAGGAUACAAGUAAAGGAAGGCCCCGCAGCUGUACUGGGAAGAUUCCACACAGUCAUCAAUUUUUCAUCUGAAAGACCAAGUUCUCCCAGUAAGAGGGCAGAGUCACCAGCUGGCAGUUGGUGUUCCUGCUUCUGCCUGCGCAGACCAUCCCCUGUGGCCGAACACCAACUGCAGAGCAGUGCCAGGGAGCCCUCUGAAGCAGAAGUCGUGGUCCUGGCAGGGGGACGUGGAGACAGCGGGACUCUUCGCUCAGCUAAAAGUGAAGAAUCACUUACCUCUCUGCAUGCUGUUGAUGGUGAAUCCAGCCCUUGUGAACCCACAAGAGCCAGGCCAAGUGGUGAUGUGCAGUGUGUUUCCAUCAAUGGAGAGCUCAUGGGAAGCACAAAUCGCUGCAAUUCAAAUGACAGCCUUCCAUAUGACAUCAGCGAUGGAGAGAAGGAGGUCAUCAUUGUUCAGGCAAUCAUUUCUCCCAGCUCUGCUGAAGCUGCUGACCUGAGCCUGCCAGAAACCACAGACACCAGCCUGGACUGUGACCCGAUGCCUUCGCAGUGCAGCCCAGCCCAAGCACAGCCCGAGUGCCCCGACAGCAGCACCACCAUGCAGGCUCAGGUCAGCGUCACUGAGGAGAAGCCAAGCCUCUUGGAGGGGGACUUGGAGUCAGGCCUCCAGUCCCAGGCUCCAGGCAACAGCACGAGCUCUGAGCCACUCUCUCCUUAACAACAGAGGAUGAGUCCCAUCUUUCCUCCAGACCUGAGCCCAACUGAAGAGAAGACCUUCAAACCCAGUGACACCUCGCCCCAGAUGGGGAAAAAGCCCAUCAAAUCUCCCCCGCUGACCACAUCAGAACCAGUCUCCUUUGCACUGCCCAGCUGCACAUCGGAAUCAAUUGGAGGAAUGCUCAUCACAACCAGAAACUCCUCCACUUCCAACUGGAGCGAAGAGAUUGGGAUCACUGAAAUCACAAACAGGUUCCCAACCCAGAUGUCCUUGCCUCUGAAAGAAAUUGAAAGAGCAGCAGAGGAGGAAGCCCAUCAAGAGCUAAAGCAUGCCCAGAUAGUGGCUGCUGGCAAACCAGAGUUGCCAGAAGAAGGGGAGAGACCAAUGUCAAGCAGUCAGAAUAAGACUGUCCCCAGUGGACACGCACAGCCAGGAGCAGUUGCCCUCGACUCCCCCCAGGAUCCUGUUCCUGUCAGUUCUGUGUCUCUUAUCCCUCCUCCUCCUCCGAAAAACGCAGCGCGCAUGCUAGCCCUAGCGUUAGCUGAGUCUGCACAGCAAGCAUCUGCUCAGUCUCAGAAAAAGCCAGGAGAUGCCCAUUCUGAAAGCAACAGUUAUGGAGAAACUGAAGCUGCUACAGCUCUGGAAAAGCUCCAUCUCUCUGCUGGAGCUCCAGACAAGCUUCACCUGUAUACUGAUCUGCCUGAGAGCCAGCUUCACUUCCAGACUAGUGCACCAGUUGAGCAGGAUUUUCAAGCUAGCAGCACAGCUCGGGAGCAGAACCAUCCUCCAGGUGCACCUGGAAGUCAGGACCCCCAGCCUCUUCACACCAGCGUGCCUGGGGAUAUGCCUGCUAGAAGAGAUGCAGAGCAAGAGCAGCCCAGCUACCUUGCUGGUCAAAUGGAGAACAAAGAACAGCUCCCAGCCCAUGCUGAGGACUGGGAGCAGACACGGCAGCAUGCUCCAGGGGCACUGCCCGACUGGGAGCCACCUGCACCUGACUUGCCUAUGGAUAAGCCCCAUGUUCGUGCAUGCACAUCUGGGGACAAGCAGCUCACUUCGACCUGUGCAUCUGAUGAUAAACUUGAGACUCCUGUAACUGCUGGGGAGAAAAGCACCCCAGUCCCAGUGCCGUACCUGACAACCAUCCAGACAGCAGCAGCAGCUGAGCCUAACCGUGCACCGACAUGUCAGCAUGCAGCUGGUCCUGCCAUAAUUCAGGCAGAUGUGACUGGCACCGCUGCUCAGCGCACACCCACAAGCAGCCAGCCCACCCCACCGCAGAGGCAGGAUCACCAGUCUGCAGUGGGACAAGUGCCAGCGGCCUCUGCAAAAGCAUCCAGCAAUUCCAGUCAGGCUUGGGGUGCAGCUGCACCUGAAAAACCACCCGAGCCUGCUCCUGGUUUUGCCACAGAAAGCACAUCCAGCACCCACCGCUCCUCCUCUGUGCCCAGCAGCCACCAGAGCCGCUUGGAAAAGCCACGGGAGAGCACGAGGGCUCCCCUACUGCACCUGCGCUCCGAGUCAGUCCCUGCUCACUCCUCCUAUGGCUUCACUCCACCUGUCCCACCCGUGAGAACACUGGAGAGCAAAAUAGCUGCCGCCAUGCACUCCAACAACACUGACGCGAUCAACAACUCCAACUACCACGCCUUCCUGGCUUCCUCCAUGCUGGCCUCCUCCGUAGAGGAAGUCCUGCUGCCUCCACCAGCCCCUCCACCACCACCACUGCCACCACCACCCCUUGCUCCACCACCACCACCACCACCACCCCCCAAGCACGCCUCCCUGCAGUCCGUCUAUGUGCCGCACCCCAAACCCGAGAGCAUCCUGGAGCCCUCCGGGCCAGAUGUCUACCUGCACCACAAACCAACCUCCAUCCACCAGUUCCGACCUGAAAGCGUUCCUCCUCACAUGACCUACCACAACAAACCAGACCAGCACCCAGCCUACCCUCCUCGAUCUGAGACACCUACUUCUGCGGGCACUCGCUACAACACCUACGCAAACCAAGGGAGGAGCGCCUCUGCUGUCUACUCCAAACCUCGCAGCCGGAUGGAGUUUGUGUCCUCUGUGAGUCCCACAGGCCUGCGGAAUGCCACCUAUGCUGAGGAUCCUCCACCCUACCCCACCAUCCGAAGGGUUCAGUCGCUGCACGUUCCCACUCCGGCCGCCUCUGCCAUCCGCUCCGUCCCCAUUUCACGCACCGAGGUGCCUCCAGAUGAUGAACCACUCUUCUGCCCGCGGCCCCUCUACCAGUUCAAGCCAUAUCAGCCUCACUCCGACUACCACGUCACUCAGCUGCAGCCUUACUUUGAGAAUGGGAGGGUGCAUUACCGCUACAGUCCUUACUCCAGCUCCUCUGGAUCCUCUUAUUACACCUCUGCUGAUGGGAACUUCUAUGACCUGGACCCCUACAGCACCAUGCGGGUCAGGCCUUUUCACCCGCUGCACAGCCGUGACUUCACAUCCUAUGAGGCACGGCUUCAUAGCAAGGGGCUGUACCGCCACCCCAGCCUGUCUGCCUACCCACGGGGUGGCCUCAUCGGCCACCUGGCAGGUAAGGAGCACAGCUUCAUCAGCAGGGACGUGCCUCCUGCCCCAGACAUCAAGCACAUGUAUAUGUCGUGGGACCUGGAGGACAUGGAGAAGUACCGCAUGCAGUCUAUUCGCAGAGAGAGCCGUACGCGGCAGAAAAUGAAAGGACCACUGAUGUCCCAGUAUGACAAUGUGACCCCACUGCUGCCAGAGGACCCGGGAGGGCCCGAUAUCAUUCACUUGCGCAGCAAGUCAGACCCUGGGAAGAGCGGGCUGCUCACUGUGGCAGAAGGGAAGGAGGGCAAGUACCCGGCCAAAGCAGCUACACCCGAUGGGGAUGAACGUUACUACAUGCAGCACCCUGAGCCAGACCUGGACAGAGCCCACUACCACGGCGCCUAUGGGAAUGGGCAGCCGGAGAAGCCGUCCCUCCCCCAGAAGCAGAGCAGCAUCCGCAGCAGGAAGGUGCACGAGCCAACCUGCAGUGCCAGCGACCACCGGCCACACCUGCAGCAGGAACCGAGCCACAGGCAGCCUUCCGAACCCAAAAACGGACCCCCUUAUCCUGACUACAGGCCCAAAGGCCCCGAGCCCGCCGAGCCCAUGGGUUACCAGCACUUGGGAAGGAAGUACUUCCUGGCGAACCAGGAUACCCUGAGACUAAACCAUAAGGAAGUGAGGCUGGCAGAUGACAGGCCAGAUUUGGAAAGGUCCCGAGCCAGGCCCAGCACGUCCAUUGAGAAGCACUCCAGAGAUGGCUACAAGGAAGAGGAGCACACCGCCUCACCCAUGGCACCACCGCCUUCACCUGAACGGAGUCACAGUCUCAGGGUGCAGCACCGCGAGUCCGUGGAGAAGGACCCUGCCCUCUUCUACCCAUUCCAAACCCUUGGGAAACGCCAAAGCACUAUGACUGUGAUGUCCCAGUAUGAUAACGUGGAAGAUUACCAUACCAUGCCUCAGCACCAAAGAGGGGGCUAUGCUGGAGAAGGGGGGUGUGUGCCCCCCGCUUUUACCCAUGUGCACAGUAGAAUUUACGCCACAGCCCUUGGCCAGGGGGCCUUCCUCCCAACAGAGCUAUGUUUGCAAAGGCCUGAGACAGAGGUCCAUGUUGAGUGAGCACACAGAGGUAAAAGAAAUAAUGGAAAUAAUUGAAAUAAUAGAGUUUUAAACAGCCUCUGCUGGACAGUGGACUGUUUUAUUUUUUCAACGACGGAAAAAUAAAAAGUAAAAAUUCCUGCCCCAAUGAGCAAAGCAAACCCACCUUCAGCCCCACCCUUCCCAGCCCACCACUCACUGUUUUUAUGUAGUAGAGAUGGAGCUUUUUCCAUAUCAUUCGAGACAACUGGAACAACAGGGCAGGCUGUUGGUGCACAGAUAUUGCCAGAAAGGACAGGCAGAGCUGAAAGAGAUGCUGCUGGGGUAGAGGAAAGGAAGUUUUUCCUUCCCUGGGUUUAACACUGGCAGUUACCAGCACUUCCUCACCAUGUCUCCAUGGUCCCGUGCAUGACAGACUGUGCAUGCUGCUGUUUUUGUGAGCCCCGCGUGUUGCCUUUCCCACUGUUAGCUCCCAAGAAAGGGUCUCUGUGACGUGCGGGAGUUGCUUCUACCUUCUCUGAGGUUAUGCUGGAAGAGCAGGUGGGAAGCUGCAGGAGCAGGGGGAGACCUACUGAGCACUUUCUUCUUGAUCAAUGCCAAGGUCAAGCCUCUCCUUUAAAGAUUAUUGCUUAGGCAUAGCAGGUUCGCUUCUACUGCUUUGAAGUGGGUGUGAGCCUGUUUUGACUUCAGCCUGUGGAAUGGGAAUUGAAGCAAAUCCAGAACACAUCACACUUCUGAAAUUGCUUAACAAGUUGCUUCCGACUACAUGAAAUCAGAUUAAAGCUUCUCUAGCCUAAGCAGAGACCAGCUGUAGAAGCCAAGUAGAUCACAGGUCUACAUUUCUUGUACCAAAAGCCAACACCAAAAAAAAACAACACAGACACACUUGGGAGCAGCACCCCCAUUUCAUGCCAACCCCUCUUUAUGCUGCUGGGCUAGCUACAGUGCAGGUGAUGUAAUCCCACACUGUGGCUAGCCAGUAUCCUCUCUCUACAGAAAUAAUAAGAUUUCUAUAGCAUUAUGCCCAGCUUGUAAAUGGGAGCACAGUUACUAGCUGGCAAUGAGUGUGCAAGUGCUGAGUUACCUGCACAGCCAGGUAUUUGGCCCAGGCCACAUCCUGCAGCUCUCAGAUCAGGGAGUGCUCCCAUUGACCUUAAGCUAAAGGCCGCAGGACGCUGCUUGCUGUAACCUUUCAGUUCUGUGUUGGCAAAGGGAUCCCUGUGAAGUCGUGGCACAUGCAGAGUAGUUAUGUGCUGUCUGUGCGCUGUGAAAUAAUAUUCCCUCCUGUAUACAAGUGUAGAUGAUACCAGUAUUCAGUUAUAAGUAGGGACAGAAGGCCAGUGCACUCUGUAAUACACUAAUACCAUUGUCCUAGGUAUUUACAAGCUUUCUGUACUGUAAGAGAAGCCAGGCACCCACCCUACGCAGCCUCUCAGACUUCCCCGGACUAACUACAACCCCACCUUACAAAGCACAUCCAUUUCAUUAGACAGGGCUUGCAAGCAAUACUUGAGACUUAGGAUUUUUAAACGCUCACUGGUAAAUACCAAUUCCUGUUCUGUGUGGCUGAAGAACUUCUGUACCCAUUUCAAAUCUCUGAUGUUUUAUUAAAAAGCUGCAGGUCCUGCACUUGGGACACAGCUGUGAAAGUUAAAGGGAGCUUACAUCAGUUGUGCUGGAUAUAUAUAUAUAUAUUUUUUAAGCAGAAGUUUUGUGGCUAUUUUGAAUCAUAAAGAAGAGCUGCUUCUGGUAGCUGAUCUGUCUUCAGCUGUUUAGUUCUUUUGGUCUUGUAGCCUUGUCUGGGGCUGUUUCACUAACAGUACCUUAUUGUGCAAAGCUGUUGUUUUAAGCGUUCUGUCUGGAAGAGAUGUUUUGUGUUCCAGAAAUGAAUCUGGAAGUCAGAAAAAGACUGAGAGCCAGAUUAGCAGUAAUGACCGGGCAGAAGGGUUCAUUUCCUCAUGGGGGGGAAUGCUAUUUGUAAUAUUUGCUUUUAAGGAGUUAAAAAAAAAAGAAGAUGCACAGAAAGGAGGUGUUAAUGAGCCACACUGUGGGUCAUUUCCAUCCCUCAGUGCAAGAGCUGGGGAAUCCAGGUCGAGCACCCCUGGGUUCUGUUAGGAUGAGAGGCAGUCCUGCAGUGCUGAGCACAGACUCCCAUGACUGCCAAUGUCUCCAUCUGAACAAGGGACAAUGCUUUGGUUUGGGCUAUUUGGGAUUCAGGUAAUGAGAGCUGGAGGUUAAACCUCUCUCUCUGUGAAAGCCUUAACUCCCCUCCUGCCCCCAGCACCUAACUUCCAUUUUGGCCUUAUCUAAUCAGGACUAUCCUUCUGCUACGAGGGGGCUGAAGUCAGUUCCCACCAAUUCUAAAUGCCUCUGGAUUUUCCUGUGCAAAGCCACUGUCUCCCUGUAGAUACCAAGUGCCAUCCCUGGACAACUGUUCCCCACAUUGUUCCUACCCCCAAGCCUGCCAUCUCCAGCUCCCUGCACUGUACCAGGUGCUAAACAACACAAGUUUAAGUCCCAGCAUCUCCCAGACAAAAAUAUAGAUGAGCAAUUCUCUUUUGGUUUGGGUAAGCAUUCAGCAGUCAUCCCCACACCCACCCCAUGCAAAGCCAUAUAGCCAACUAUGCAGUUCUGCUCUUGCACUGUGCUGAUGGUCCUAAGAAAGUUUUUGCGUGCCCAUUAAUUGAUUUGCAGUAAGGCAGUCAAGAUAUCUUUCCAAAAUCAUAGCUGAUAAGAAAAACAGGGCAUUGUGCACCACAGCAAGGAGGUUAUACCAGGUAUCCCAGGAAGGUAAGUUGGCAGCGCAGUUCUCAGCAUCCUAGCAGAGAAUAGGGAGAGAGAGCAAGGGGAUGGCAAGGCAAACAAAGAACAAUUCAUUGCAAAGCCAGUUGUGCUCAGAUUAAGUAAUUUACUGCCUAACCUCAUCUCCAGACAAGAUGACAAGCAGCUGUGAUGUCAAAUAAUUCCCCUAUACUUGCCACAAGCUAUCUGCAUCUUAAAUCACCACUUCCUAAGUUCUCAGCUGAGUUCUCCCUCAUGCAAUGCAAGAGUCAGGGCCCAACAGCACACUCCAGCUCUGGAUUUCCACCUCCACAUUGGAGCAGUGAGUGACCCACAGGAGACCUGUGAGCAAUGAGGACCCAUCCCCUAGAAAGUCAUUUCUGAUUUUCAGAAGAGGUUUAUCAGGUGAAAUCCAUAUGCAGAAGUGACAGAACGCCCACAACUUUGUGCCUGUGUCUUUCCAGAGAUCCUCAUUUUGCACUCAUCAUUUCAAAGGGGUUGGUAAGGAUUGUUUGAAUGGCUACACAAAACCAACCCGAAAACACACAUGGUUCCACUUUAACCCCAGAAGGGACAGAACCGCUGGCCGGGGCAUUGACUGAAGCGAUGUGUAAUGUGUUAGGAAAUCCAGAUGAGAUACUGUUUCAGUUUCUUUUGUUACAGGGGCUUAGGCAUGCGACUCUUCCCAAAACCUCGUGCUACAUAAACCCAGUAUUGAAGGCAUGGUCUGGUGUAAGCAGCCAUCCAGCAGAAUACCUUUGUGUGCAGUCUUGCCUCGUCCAGUCUGUGGGGGGUGGUGGGAGGGGGGAUGGGGGGAGGACAGGGUUGUUUUGCUGUUCAUUUUCCUGCUGUAGAAGACUUGGUUUUUCUUUCCCUGAGCCGCAUGAGAGAAACGUCCCAGAAAGUCUUGGGUUACCUUUGGAGUUCCCUUCACUCUAAUUUAUAUAGUGUCUUUUUUUUUUUUUUUUUUUUUUUUUUUUUUUUUUUUUUGUGAACUGGUGUAAAAUGUAUAUGCUGACAAGCUCAUGUAUUUUUAUGUAAAUAUUUUUUGUGGUUUCCCCACUGCCCUCCUCUGUAAAUAUUUAGAAUUCUCAUAUUCUUCUCACCUUGUAUGAUGCAGAUGUGGUUUUGUUUCUGUUUUUUAUUUGUACUGUAAUGCAACAAUCCAGACUGAGGUGUCUUGUGGUAUUAAGCAAAAGCAACAGUCCCACUGAGCUCACACUCAGAUGUACAACUUGACAGCAUUAAUCAAGCCAGGUUAAAAACUA